UGUAAUAUCACAUCAGAAAACAUCAAUAAGAAUGUAGUAAAACAAAUCAACAAUUUAAAAAACUUAGGAAGGAAGAUCUAAGUAACUGAAACAAUACUAAUUUUCCUUGCAUUUUCACAGCCAGGAGUCACAAUGACAGAGACAAUGACCAACAUGACAGUCUACAUGGAAUUCUUGCUCAUGGGAUUCCCAGAUGGCCAGGUGCUGCAGACACUGUGCGCCACACUCUUCCUCCUAAUUUACAUGGCAGCACUAAUGGGAAAUCUCCUCAUUAUCAUCCUCAUCACCAUAGACCAGCAUCUCCAAUCACCCAUGUAUUUCUUUCUGAAGAAUUUGUCUUUGAUUGAUAUGUGUUAUAUCUCUGUUACAGUUCCCAAAUCCAUCAUGAACUCUGUGAGCAACAUCCACUCCAUAUCUUUCCUAGGGUGUAUUUUACAGGUUUUCUGUUUUGUAUUUUUGGCAGGCACUGAAUUUUCCCUUCUUUUGGUGAUGUCUUAUGAUCGUUAUGUUGCCAUCUGCCUCCCUCUGCACUACGAGACCAUUAUGAAUAGAGCUGCCUGUGUGCAGAUGGUGGCUGUUGUGUGGCUCACUGGGUGUGUCUAUGGGUCUCUUCAUGCUGCAGGGACGUUCUCUGUGCAUUUCUGUGGUCCCAACAUAAUACAUCAGUUCUUCUGCGAUGUUCCAUCACUUCUCACACUAGCUUGUUCUGGAGAACAAAUUUUAGAAUACGUGUUUAUCAUUGCCAGCUGUUGUUUUGGUUUCUUGUGUUUUAUAUUAAUGGUUAUUUCUUAUGUUUACAUUUUCAUUGUCAUCCUAAGAAUUCCUUCUGUGCAAGGAAGGUUUAAAACUUUCUCCACUUGUGUGCCCCAUCUGACUGUGGUUACCUUGUUUCUCUCUUCUGGAUUUGUUGCAUAUUUAGGCUCCACAUCCAAAUCUGCAUCAUCAUUGAACUCGUUCAUGUCAGUGUUUUACUCUCUGUUAUCUCCCAGCCUAAAUCCUUUGAUUUAUAGCUUGAGAAACAGGGAUAUGAAAGUGGCCCUAUGCAGCAUUUUAGGUGAUAAAAUGACCACAAACAUUUAA